AUGUAAACACUUCGAACGUUCGUUACGAAGGAAUAAAUCGUCAGAGCAACAACGCGUAAUCAAACUUAUCGAUACGCGAAUUGCUGAAUUCAUUUCGACGCAAAUAGUCGAUUGGUUGAGAAACCGUGUAAGAUCGGCACAGACACGUACUUGACGAAUUUUACUCUUCGACAACACAAUAGAGAGAAAUAUCUAACAUAAUACGAUUGUAAGUGAAGCAACCGAAAGAUCGGAAGAACAAAAAUUAUUCAAAGCGAAAAAUUAUCUAAUUUAUUGACCGACUAAGAAAAAACUAACUGGAAUUAGCGAAACGAUCGUGAAUAUUUUCCUCCAGUAUAAAAUUGUGCGAAAAGGGAACAUUUUCAAAUGGUUUCAAGUCCAAAAAUGUUUACUUCUCACUAGGUAGCACUCUAAAGACGUUUCACGAUCGACUUCCAGUGUUCCAACUUCCGAAAUCGACCAUUUUCCCAGCAAUUUUACGAUUUUAUAACUUCUUUGACUUUUAUUGGAAAUUUUCCGAUAUUUUUGGAAAUUCAAAAUGCAUACGUUCAUGAUUAUUUACGUGGAUAUAUGGCAAUGGAUACAAAAAAUGAUGAACGCUAUAUUCAGACUACUCGGCCUAAACCAGACACUGCAAGAACGAAGAAGAAAUCAGAUGCACCGCGAAUUAGGCGAACCGUUUUGGUGCAAAGUCGGUAAAGUUGCACGCCUUUGUACGAAUCCGAUUAUGUCAGUGACGGAGACGAGUAUCAUGAGCAGUGAAUUCGAAUUCCUUGGACCUAAAAAUGCCACGGACAAGAGCCACAUACUGAAGCAUCAUAACUUAUUAUUUGUAUACGAUGCGGAAAGCAUGUGCGUACAAACCAGCUUGAAUCUCAAUUUGCAAGUGAUGUUAGAAUACAAGAGCAAAACCGAAAUAUUUUUGCAACCUUUAACGACGUACGGCAUAAGUUUGUAUUUGGAUACGAUUCAGAAUAAUCCUCUAAUCGAAUGCACCACAUCGUUCUCUAAUAAAUUUCUAGUUAAAGUAAUGGGUCGCGAUUGCGGUGAGCGUGUCUCUAACUGGAUAUCCAGGCUUUGUAACAAACGGGGUUUAAGAUUGGCACUCACUGUCCACACACCUCCAACAAUGCGAAAAACAUUUUGGGAAAGUGUGAGAAAAGCAUACAAAGCAAAAAGAGAUGAGACGUCUAUCAUGUUAUCAUUUUCAGAUAUGCCGACUUACAAAAUGUGUAUAUACCAAUCGUACAUGAAGAUACAUAAACAUACGUAUCCCAUUAGAGAUUUCAUAGAAUUUACACCGAAUAUUAUCGUAUUGGCACGAUGGUUGCAUUUAGAAGACAAAUGGGAGUGGAUUAAGAUCGGCAAAGCGAUCAUCAGGAAUGUCAACCCGUGGCCGAGGUUUAAUUUGAAGAUUAGCCCGAGAUACUGGCCCACAGACAUGAAAUCGGAUCUGCUGUUAAUACAUUGUGAACUAUAUCAGCCGGGCGAAGUGAAAGUAGGGGAUGACAUUUGGGUCCAUAUACCGCACAAGAAUUAAAUAGCUAGUGGAAUUUUAAUGCAAUUUAUUAGUUUUUCCUAUAUAGAGUAACGCAUUAUUGACCGAAUAAGUGAUGAUGACUCUUCUCACGUGAAACGUAAUUAAAAAUGUGAAGUGAAAUUGUGUCAUGCGCGCUUGAAACAAAGAAACAUCAGCCUUUACUAUAAGCAUGAAAAUUAAAGAUUUUAUAAUCCCAUAAAUGUAUGUGUGUGUACAUAUAUAUGAUGUAUGUAUACACGUAUACAUACAUCAUGCAUACAUGAAAAAAAAAGAUUUGCUACAUAUACAACUAGACAUAAUUUGCUGUGUUAGCCACUUUUUCUUUGCUGCAGGAACCAAUUUCCUUGCUAUAAUAACAAGAAAAUCUGCCCCUGCAACAAAAAAGUAGCUAAAUUAAUGAAUUAUGUUUAGUUCAACUAAACAUAACUGUAGCAAAUUUAUUGCAUUAGCACUUUUCUUGUUAUAAGAGCAGACUUUCUUGUUAUCAAGCAAGGAAAUAGGUUCCUGCACCAAAGAAAAAGUAGCUAACACAGCGAAUUAUGUAUUUUACUGUCCAUAUGUGGCAAAUUAGUUUGCUGUUGCAGCAAAUUCUUUUUUCUGUGUACACAUACAUACAUUUAUACAUAUAUGUAUAUUCUUUUUGAUACGUUUUUAACUUUCUCACGUUGGAUCAUCAUCUUCAUUUGGUUUCAUCGUAUAAUAUAUUACGCGAAAGAAACUAAUAAAUUAAGUUAGAAUUCUCCGUUAAUAAAAAUAAGUAAGAAAUAAUAUGAUUUGCCGCCAGUAAAAUUUUCAUGUUCAUAAUUAUGUUGUUAUGAAAUUCUACUAACGAGAGUUGUCUUGACUAAUAAUAAUUAUACUAAUAAUAAUUACAUUAUUUAUUACAAUAAAUUACAUCAAUCCUUA